UCUGGUGGGAGCCACUCACCAGCAGAGGGCACUGUAGGGAGGGGGUUUUCUCUUUCUUUGUCCCCUCCCUUCUAGACUCAGACUGACUUCUGGGAUCCUCAGCUAUUCCUCCAGGAGCUCAGCUGGACUUUGCCAAUAGAUAGGGACAGACUCCCUCACCCCUCUUUAGGGCUCUGGGAGGCAAGUCAUUGCCGGGAAGCUCCGGGCCACUCCUGCCCGGAUUCCCCGCCCACCUCUCCUUGUCUGCUGGCCUGGUGACCUGGUCCGGCUGAUUUCCCAGAGAAGGAACUACUGUUCCUGGGCAAGCCAACAGCCUCUGGGAGCACCUACACGGUAAGUUCACAGGUUCCUGUGAGCUACCUUCUGACCUUUCUGGCAAUAGGUGGGGCCUAAAGAAACAGGGCUUUAUCAUCUGCAAAUGCUUUCCCCAUGAUCUCAUGCCAUCCUCGCAAUCACCUUGAGCGGUCCUUGGCCUUGGCUGGCCCAGGGGUGCAGGGGAACUGGCAGCAUCAAGGGACCACGCGGAUGUGCUCUGAUGAGAGUGCCUUCCAACCGGCCCGGUUCCUACUGCUGGUGGGUGUCCCGGUGGCGAGUGCCCUCCUUCUGGUCCAGUGCCUUCGAUGGCACUGUCCUCGCUGGCUGCUGGGGGCCUGCUGGAAGCUGGAUAGCCAAGAGGAGCCAGUAGCCCAUCCCACUCCCCUACCGGAAAAUGAGUCCUCAAGGCAGUGUGCACCGGCCACACUGCCAGAGAUGGCCGCCUUCUACCAGGAACUGCACACACCCACUCAAGGCCAGACCAUCAUCCGUCAGCUGAUGCACAAGUUGUUGGUGUUCUCGGCUCGAGAGGUGGAUCACCGUGGUGGCUGCCUGAUGCUCCAGGAUAUGGGCAUCUCUCUGCUCAUCCCACCAGGAGCUGUGGCUGUGGGCCGCCAGGAGAGGGUGUCCCUGAUCCUGGUGUGGGACUUGCUGGAUGCCCCAUCACUGUCCCGAGCCCAGGGGCUGGUGAGCCCUGUGGUGGCGUGUGGCCCCCAUGGGGCCUCCUUCCUGAAGCCCUGCACCCUCACAUUCAAGCACUGUGCCCAGGAGCCCAGCCAUGCUCGUACCUACAGCAGCAACACAACUCUGCUCGAUGCCAAGGCCUGGAGGCCCCUGGGGCGGCCUGGGGCCCACACCUCCAGGGACGAGUGUCGUAUCCAGCUCUCCCACUUCAGUCUCUACACCUGUGUGCUGGAGGCGCCUGCGGGCCGGGACGCCCGCAAAUGGCUGCAGCUGGCUAUCUUCUGCUCACCGCUGGCACCAGGGCAGUCCCACCUGCAGCUGCGCAUCUACUUUCUCAACAACACACCCUGCGCCCUGCAGUGGGCCGUGACCAAUGAGCAGCCCCAUGGGGGGCGCCUGCGUGGGCCCUGCCAGCUCUUCGACUUCACAGGGGCCCGCGGGGACCAGUGCCUGAAGCUCAAGUACAUCUCUGAGGGUUGGGAGAAUGUGGAUGAGAGCAGUUGCCAGCUGGUUCCCCAGCUCCACAUCUGGCAUGGAAAGUGCCCCUUCCGUUCCUUCUGCUUCCGGAGAAAAGCAGCCAAUGAGAAUGAUGACUGCUCCACACUUACCAGUGAGAUCAUCGUCACCAUGCACACUUUCCAGGAUGGCUUGGAGACCAAGUACAUGGAAAUCCUCAGAUUCCAGGCAUCAGAGGAAGAGUCCUGGGCGGCUCCACCCCCUGUCUCUCAACCGCCCCCGUGCAACAGGCUGCCCCCAGAACUCUUUGAGCAACUGCAGAUGUUGUUGGAACCGAACAGCAUCACGGGCAAUGACUGGCGUCGGCUGGCCUCCCACCUGGGGCUCUGCGGCAUGAAAAUCCGAUUCCUGUCCUGCCAGCGCAGCCCUGCCGCAGCCAUCCUGGAGCUAUUCGAGGAGCAGAACGGCAGCCUGCAGGAGCUGCACUACCUCAUGACCGUCAUGGAGCGGCUGGACUGCGCCUCGGCCAUCCAGAACUACCUGAGCGGGACGCACAGCGGUAGCCCGGCGCCGGUCCGCGGGGGCGCCCAGGAGAACCAGGGCCUGGAGCUGGACGAGAAGCUCUGAGCGCUCCCAGGCGGCGGGGCGGGCCGCAGUCCGCAGCACUCUGGGCCCCGGGGGGGCCCCUGACAUUGAGGAAGAAUGCACCAGGUGCUCCUGGUCCUGCCCUUCCAUCUCAUCAGAACCCUGCGACAGUUGCCUGCGGCCACCGCGAAGCCCUGGUGCUGUUCAUUGCCCGCCUCCUCCACAAUUGCGACCCGCUUGGUCCUGCGAACAGGUCCCAUCCUGGCCGGCAGGGGGCGCAGGAGCCCAGCAGAUGGUCAGGCCUGCCUGGCCUCCGGGAAACUCCUUGACCAGUGUGGACUGGGAGACUGCUCUGUUGGCACUCCUUGCGGACUGGCCAGUCCACUGGGAUUCACUGAGCGCUUCGUGACACCCAGCAUCGGAGUGGGUAUCACGGGGAAUCCUGGGGUAGAGGAGAUGGGGCUUGGAGCUUGACAAACAUGCAGUCUCUUUUGGGAGUCAAGAUGCACCCACGGGCUGAGGGUCAACGCCAAAAGGACAGUGCCCUGUGGUUAGGACAUGUGGGCAUGGGAUGAACAGAUGUGUGUUAGGAGCUGAGAGGGGAGGCAGCAUAGUGUGGGCUGGAGCAGUGAGAAGGCUUCAUGGAGGAUGCUGGAGGGACAGUAGGGACAGUAAGGAGUGGUUCAGCCAUCUUUGGGUGAGGCCAGAAGGGGAUGGUGGCUGGACUUACAGUAGAAGCCAGAAGUGAGCAUGGGUGCUGAGGUAUUAAGGAGCUGCCUAGUGGGUGUGAUGGGAGGGGAGGACCAGGGUUCAAGGUCAGCCGUGCCUGACUGUCCACCCCUCUCCUUUGUCUUCCUUUGACUCUGCCUUCCCAUCCUUGCCUCGUCUUCCUCUCUGCUAUUAUUUCCAUCAUAAAACAUCAAAAUGGAAAAGAAACUUCAAGAUGAACGCUCGUGCCCAAUAUUUUUAACUGGAACUGUGUGAGUUUUCAGUCUCUCUGUCUUCAUUUUGCUGCCACCAUUUCGUGCAGCCUCUGCAUCCCUGAAUCUGUCUCCCUGUUACUCUCUGUCUUAGCAUCUUCCCGACCCUGCAGAGUCACUGUGCCUGCCUUUGAGGGUUUCCUUUACUCCGUGAACACCGCAGUCCUUCCCCUCAGGCAGCUUUAAACCAGUGUUAUGUAUCAAAAGCAAUGAAAAGACCCUGGGCUACCCUAUGAAUAAGGGGAGAGGAUUUUACCCCAUGAAUCAAGAUCCAGUUUAGGGUCAGGAAAUAAACAAUGGGGAUUAAAGAAUACACCAUUCAGUCAGUGAAUAUUUAUUUACCCCCUACUAUGUGUUAGACUCUGAAUAGGAAAGAGAUUAGUGGGCUGGGGCCUGGGAAGAGAAUAAAGGAUUUGACUCAAUUCUAGUAAUACUUUUGUUUGCA